AUGGAAAAAUUGGUCAACGAACUGGUUUCUCAUCUUCCUCUUCAAAUGCUCUUGUACUUCAAUUUGUUUUACUUUCCAUGUUGGUGGUUUUCUGCUGUUUUCAUGUUGGAAGUGAAAUUCAGCUACCUCCCUGGAUAUUACCAGGGGCUGCUCAUAACCGGGUUGGUUCUUGUUACAGUGAUUGAAGUCAUCAGGCUCUACCUGGGAUACAUUGGCAACCUUAAAGAAAAGGUCCCAGCACUGGCAGCCUUCUGGCUCCUGUCUUUGACGUUCCAGACACCAAUACUGCUGUUCUUCAUCACUGAUGAAGGGGUUAUCAUUCUGCCUCUGGAGAGAGCUGUCCACUCUAUCUACCUCUUUUUUCUACUUGCUCAAAUCCUGGCUUCCUUCUUGGCGCUUCGUACCAUGACCCGAAAGCUCACCCUUCUCUUCCACCUGCGGCAAUUUGGGAAAGUGGAGAGCUUGAGGCAUGCAGAGAUGAGCCCGAUUUACGGACUUUCUUACAACCGCAGUGUGCUCCCAAUAUCACCCACCCAUGAGAUCUACCAUUAAAGACAUAAAACAUAUUUUCUCAGUUAAUCUCAACAGACUUUAUUAAAAGAAAACUGGGUUUAAAAAUAAAAGUUUCAAUCCUCAUUUAAAAUGGAAGUCACCCCAUGAAAUCAGCAUGAUCAUUUUUGUUUUAACAUACUUAGCAAGCGUUUGAUUUGCCUGAUUUUAAGGGUUUUAUCCAACAGAUCAUUAUUGUGUGGGAUGUAAAGGUGUGCUUAAAUACAGUUUCCAAGUUGAGUACACCACUGUAUAAUUUUAUGCCUUUUUAAUGGGACAACACUAAAGAUAUGACCCUUUGUGUGCAGCUUGUGUAACAGUGUACAUUUGCUGUCAACAGAAAAUAAAUCAGCACACACCUGAGACCUACUGUAAUGCUGAUGAGCUACAUGACUCUAGGGAGAGAAACUGGUUAAUUGGGCACAUUUUGUUUAGAUAUUAAUCCCCCUUCAGCUAUAUUGGGGGGGACAUAUAUGUAAUUGUAUAUUAAUUUACAAACAGUAC